CAGAUACUUCCAUAAAGUAGAGCUAGCUGAUAAACCCUAGCAGAAAGAAGACUGCAGCUCCAAUGGCUUUAGUGAGCUACCCUGAAAUCCUCGUGGCAGUCAUUUUCUUUCUCUUUAUUGGUGGAUUCUGCAGCAAAAAAGGAGUGCCAUGGAACUGGCCCAUUGUGGGAAUGUUUGCAGGCCUCCUCUUCCACGUCCACCGCAUCCAUGAUGAGGCUGCUGAGAUUCUCGAGAAAACUGGGUGUACUUUUCUAUUCAAAGGGCCUUGGUUCUGUAACAUGGACAUGCUAGGCACCACUGAUCCGGCCAAUGUGCACUACGUUAUGAGCAGUAAUUUCUCUAAUUUUCCAAAAGGGACUGAGUUCAGGAAAAUGUUUGAAGUUUUGGGUGAUGGGAUUUUCAAUGCGGAUGGGGAGUCGUGGCGGAACCAGAGAAAACUUGGUCAAUCGAUGAUCAAUAAUCCGCGGUUCCACCGGUUUCUGGCGAAAGUCACCUACAAUAAAGUGGAGAAAGGGCUUGUUCCGCUUCUUGAUCAUCUGUCGGAGCAAGGCCGAGUGGUGGACUUGCAGGACGUGUUCCAAAGGCUCACGUUUGAUACCACCUGCAUGUUGGUGACCGGCUUCGACACCAAAUGCCUCUCCAUUGAAUUCCCUGAAGUUCCGUUCGCGACGGCCCUGGAAGACGUUGAGGAAGCUGUAUUUUAUCGCCAUGCUUUGCCUGAAACCCUUUGGAGACUACUAAGGUGGCUAGGGAUCGGAAAAGAGAAGAAACUCCGGAAAGGCUGGAAAACCCUGGAUCAUACUAUAGCUGAAUAUAUAUCAAUGAAACGAGAAGAACUAAGCAAAGGAAUCACCAAAUUGCGAGAAGAUGAAGAUGGUGCCGAUCUGUUAACCUCGUAUAUGACUGAAGAUAACGCCAUGGGGUUGAAAUGUGACGGUAAGUUUCUCAGAGACACCAUUCUAAAUUUCAUGAUCGCAGGACGGGACACUACUAGUUCAGCCCUCACCUGGUUUUUCUGGCUUGUUUCCAAGAACCCAUUAGUAGAAUCCAAGAUCAGAGAAGAAAUCGAAACGGCUAUACCCGAAAAAGAGGAUAGAAAAGGACGACACAUAUUCAAGACAGAAGGGUUAAACAAGCUGGUUUAUCUGCAUGCCGCAAUGUGUGAAGCUUUAAGGCUCUACCCACCUGUCCCAUUCCAGCACAAGGCCCCAAUUCAACCAGACGUCCUCCCAAGUGGCCAUAAGGUUGAUCCAAAGAUGAAGAUCUUCUUUUCUGUAUAUGCAAUGGGCAGAAUGACUGCAAUAUGGGGAAAAGACUGCUUAGAAUUCAAACCGGAGAGGUGGAUAUCAGAGCUAGGAAAGAUCAAGCAUGAGCCUUCCUACAAGUUCUUUUCAUUCAACGCUGGUCCGAGGACUUGUAUAGGGAAGGAGGUGGCUUUCACUCAAAUGAAGGCGGUGGCCGCCACGAUAAUCCACAACUACCAUGUUGAGAUGGUGAAAGGUCACCAUGUGGCCCCUAACGUUUCCAUUAUUCUGUACAUGAAGCGUGGGUUCAAGGUCAAAGUUAGCAAGAGAUGGGGUGGGUAGAAAUGUCGUGUUGUUUGAUCUUUGUUGCAUGCAUGAAAAACUACCUACCUAGCCCGCCUUCUAUCGAUUUCAAUCUCAAACUGUGUCAGUUGUACUUGUGUCUAUUUCAAUGUCCAAGUGUGCUCAGUUUAUACAUACAAAAUGGAAUGAAAAAUAUGAAAUCUCUUUCCAGCUAUA